GUAUAACGACAGUCCUUACAAUGACCACAAUCUCGACAGGUGUACGUAGUUCACUGCCACGUAUCAGCUACGUGAAAGCCAUCGACAUUUACUUAGUAAUGUGUUUCGUUUUCGUGUUCGCCGCUCUGUUGGAGUACGCAGCGGUUAAUUAUACUUAUUGGGGCGCUAGGGCUAAGAAGAAAACGAAAAAGAAAGAUGGUGAUGACAAAAAAGUGAUUUCCUCGAAAUCAGAAGCGGACAUAAUAGAGCUUCAAGAUCUCAGGAUGUCACCUCUGCCGAGUAUAAGGAACAGAUCUGGCCUGGUUAGCAGCAGUUCGACGCCUGGAACCGGAAGAGAACACGAUCCGGCCAAGUUUCCUCCUAGCUUCCGGAUUUCUAGAGUCGCGGCCUACAAUACAUAUGGGAGGAACACUGGUCUUAGAUAUAGAGGACCUAAGCAACAUAAGCCCAAGGUAUUACAUGCAAUACGAAGAGGAGCAUCGGUUUUACGCGUAUCGAUGCCGAAGAUCAAAGACGUGAAUAUUAUCGAUAAAUAUUCGAGAAUCAUAUUUCCAGUAAGUUUUAUGCUGUUCAAUGCCAUCUACUGGGUGUUCUAUUUUCUC